AUGAAAGAAAGAGAAGUGGAAAGACUUCUUAAAGAAUAUCGUCAAAAUCAAGAACUCGUUAAAAAUAUCGGAGCACAUUAUUAUCAAAUUAUAUAUCCGGUUCAACUCAGACAUCAUGAAAAAAUGGGCAUAUCGACCAGAGAGAUAGGGACAAAGAACAAAAAGGAAACAAAAAAAAAAGAAAAAACUAAAUGA